AUGGUUCUCGUUGAAGAGAUCGCGAUAAACAGAUGUAGUUCUGCUUCAAAAAGUGACUGCGUUAUAAGAAAAGAAGACAAGCCGGCAACUUUGGGUGCUGCACUGGGUGAACGUGGUACAAUUACAAAGAAACGUCGAGUGUUCACAAUGGACGACGUGCGAAUCUACCUAGACGAUGUGGAUCAAAUUGGACAGUUUAUAGAUAUAGCGGUAACACUGAAUUCAUCACAACCGGAAGCGUGCUAUGCACGUGCGAAAGAGAUUCGGGAUCGGCUGAAUAUCGAUGAAGAUGCUGUUGUCCCGGCCGCUUACCUAGAUAUGAUGAUGGAGAAUCUAUCGUUUGACGACGAUACCCCAACCAGAAAAUCAACAAAAAGUGGAUCCGAAACCGAAAGUGAAGAUUCCACUUAG